AUGGCGGAGGCCGGCGCACUUGAAGAACUCCAGUCGGAACUCACCUGUCCAGUGUGUCUGGAGAUCUUCCGCGAUCCUGUCAUUCUCGAGUGCGGACACCACUUCUGCCAGGUUUGCAUCGUUCAGUGCUGGGAAGCCAAGGCGGAGGAGCUGUCAACUUGCCCCAAGUGCCGCAAAACUUGCGCGAAGAAAUUACGGCCCAACUCGCUGCUGUGUAACGUAGUCGAAAGCGUGCGUCGAGCCAGGGCCAUGGACGCCGCCGGUGGGGGCGGUGCGCCGCCGCCGCCCGGCUGGGACGCCGAAGGUCCACCGGAGGAAUUGGAGGAGCGGGAGCCAGGGUCCAGUAUGAGCAGUGUCGCCUCGUCCGUUGGCCACUGGCCGCGCAUGUUCGGAAUAGAUAUGUGCGAGGAACAUGAGGAGAAACUCAAACUUUACUGCGAGGACGACCAGUUGCCGAUAUGUCUGGUUUGCGGCAUGUCCCGGGACCACAAGACACACAACGUCAUCCCCAUUAACGAGGCAUUUGAGAACUACAAGAAUAAACUGUCUGUGGCUCUGGAGAGGGUUCAACAGCAGUCUGAGGACGCCUCACACUUCCAAAAACAUACCAAUGAAAAAAUCCUUCUGAUUAAGGAGCGAGCUGGGGAUCUGGAAGAGAUGGUGACUGCAGAGUUUGGCCGUCUGAGGGAGUUCCUCCAAGAGGAGGAGGAUCGCAUCAAGCAGAAACUGCAAAAGCAAAAGGAGGAGAAACUCACGGAGCUGGAGGAGGCGCUCACGGAGGCCACGCAGCAAAUCAGCCAGCUGGAAAGCACGGCUGACCAGCUCCGCAUCAAACUGAUGGAGGAAGAAAACCCAGAGCAACUAAAGGGGAUUAAAGAUUUUAUUGGCGGGGCUGAGAGCUUAUUUGAGCGCCCCCCAGAGGUGAGUGUGGAUCUGCAGUCAGGAGAGUUUUUGGGACCAUUGCAAUACCGGACCUGGCGGAAAAUGAGCACCAUUUUUCGGCCAGCUGUAACGGCAGUGUCAAUGGACCCAAACACGGCCUACCCUUGCCUGUGGGUUUCCUUAUGUCGCACCAGCGUCCAAGUGGGCAAAAUCCAGCCCAAUCUGCCAAACAACCCAGAGCGCUUCACUCGCUACAACAUCGUCUUGGGCACGGAGGCCUUCUCCACGGGCAGACAUUACUGGGAAGUGGAGGUGGGGUCCAAAACAGCGUGGGGUCUCGGCGUGGCUCGCGCUUCUGUCAACAGAAAGGAUGAGAUUAACCUUUGCCCCGAGGAUGGUUUCUGGACCGUGGUGCUGAGAGACAAUGGAGAUGGCACCAGCGAGUACGAAGCGUGCACGGACACGGAAGAGGACAGCUUGUUAUAUCCUAUUAAACCCCCUAGGCGGGUGGGGGUCUACCUGGACUACGGGCGAGGUGAAGUGGCUUUUUAUGACGCUGGAGAUAUGAGCCACCUUUUCACUUUCUAUGAUGCCAAAUUUAAUGAGCCGGUCUACCCAUACUUUAAUCCCUGGCCCAUUAUUAAUGGCUACAACUGGGAGCCACUGACCAUUGUCUCGCCACACUGGGGAUAG